AUGACCACCGAGCACAAGCGCUUCCCCGUCGCCGCCGCCGCCAUUGCGGGCACGCUCGAGAACUUCGCCACCUUUCCGUUCGAGUACGUCAAAACGCAGCUUCAGCUUCAGAUCCGCUCCUCGGCGCUCUACGCUGGCAGCAGCGCCUACACUGGCCCGCUCGACGUCGUGCAGCGAACCUUCCGAACCGCUGGCCUCCUCGGCCUGUACAGCGGCGGCGCCAGCUUCGUCAUCUUCUCUCCCCUGCGUGCGGUCGUGCGCUUCACCACCUUUGAGCGGCUGCGAAUAACGGCUCGGAGCCAGCAGCUGCGAGAGACGCCUGGCGGCAAGAGGCUCUCCGACCUCGGCUGCGGCGUGCUGGCUGGCGCGGCGGACGGCGCGCUGUGCCAGACGCCGAGCAAUGCGAUCGCCGUCAAGAUGGUGCACGACCAGUCGCCCAGAGGGCCGCGGCAGUACAGGCUGGGCGGCGGCCCGAGUUGGCACGCAAAGAGCGGCAUCCGCUUCGUUGGCUACGGCGAGAUGGCCGAGAGAUUGCGCUCCCGCCCCGGCCGACCUGAAGGGCCAAUUGCAAUCUGGGAGAGUCUGGUGGCAGGCGGCACCGCGGGCGGCGUGUCAGCGGUGCUCAGCCAGCCGAUCGACGUUGUGCGCGCAAACAUGAUGUCGCUGGACGCGAGGCGGUACAGCUCCUCCCUCGCGUGUGCCCGCGCCAUUCUCCGGAGCGGAGGAUUGCCCGGCCUCUUCCUCGGCGUCGGGCCUCGCAUCUGCCGCGUCUGCGUCGAGGAGUCGCUCAAGUUCACGCUAUUCGAGGCGGCGGAGCGACAGUUGUGCGCGCUCUUCCCGCCGUAA